AGCGGAACGCCAGCCUCGUUUACAAUUUUUCACUAACAGUCGCUUUUGUUCUUCUUCGUGUGUUUUUGUGUCGCUGCUCUAAAUCAAAGCAAUAAGUAAAUACCUUUUCUACUUAGUGUCAAGCUAUCAGCGAGAAUGAAACUGGGCUUAGGGCUCCUGGCGGGAACUCUCGUGCUGCUGGGAGCUAUCCCGGGUAUCGCAGCGAAUCGCACUUUCACGGUCGACUACGAAAAUGAUCGGUUCCUAAAGAAUGGCGAACCCUUCCGUUUUAUAGCAGGCUCCUUUCACUAUUUUCGAGCUCAUCCUGGCACCUGGCAGCGGCAUCUGCGGACCAUGAGAGCUGCAGGUCUUAAUGCAGUUACCACUUAUGUAGAAUGGUCCCUACAUAAUCCCCGCGAUGGCGUCUAUGUCUGGAAUGGCAUAGCCGACCUGGAGCAUUUUAUUCGGCUGGCUGUGGGGGAGGAUCUGCUGGUCAUUCUCCGGCCGGGUCCCUACAUCUGCGCAGAACGUGACAUGGGGGGCUUUCCCUACUGGCUGCUCAAGAAAUUCCCGGGGAUUCAACUUCGCACAGCGGAUGUCAACUAUCUCAGUGAGGUGCGCAUCUGGUACUCGCAGCUCUUCAGCAAGAUAUCCCCAUAUCUGUAUGGAAAUGGUGGACCCAUCAUCAUGGUUCAGGUGGAGAACGAGUACGGCUCCUACUUUGCCUGCGAUCUCAACUACCGCAACUGGCUGCGCGACGAGACCGAGAGCCAUGUGAAGGGUAAGGCGGUGCUCUUCACCAACGACGGACCCAGUGUUCUACGCUGUGGCAAGAUCCAGGGUGUCCUGGCCACCAUGGACUUUGGAGCUACCAAGGAUCUCAGGCCUACUUGGGCCAUGCUAAGGCGGUUCCAGCCCAAAGGUCCGCUGGUCAAUGCGGAGUAUUAUCCCGGCUGGCUAACCCAUUGGACAGAACCGAUGGCCAAUGUCAGCACGGAAUCGAUUUCCCAAACUUUCAAAGAUAUGCUGGAUAGUGGUGCCAGUGUCAACUUUUAUAUGUUUUACGGCGGAACCAAUUUCGGUUUUACGGCCGGUGCCAAUGAGAUUGGACCUGGCAACUAUAUGGCGGACAUCACUAGCUACGACUAUGAUGCACCCAUGACGGAGGCCGGCGAUCCCACACCAAAGUACCUAGCCCUGCGUCGCAUCAUUGCCCGCUAUCUGCCGUUGCCCAAAGUCCCGGUGCCUGGACCCGUGCCCAAGCGAGCCUAUGGAACUGUGCGCCUCACUAGCUGCUGCACCCUGCUAUCGGAGGAAGCACGGCAGCGACUUUCCACGGGCUUCAUGCAGUCGGCCACGCCAAAGUCCUUCGAGGCUCUGGGUCAGUACUCCGGCUUGGUGCUAUAUGAGACGUGGUUACCGAGUUUCAAGCGUGAUCCGAGCAUCUUGAACGUAGCCGGGGUAUCGGAUCGCGGCUAUGUCUACGUAGAUGGGGAGUACGUGGGUUUGGUGGCCCGGGAGAUACCCGCGUUUGACAUUGCGCUAAGUGUCAGUGCCGGACGUAAGCUACAGAUUCUGGUAGAGAACCAGGGACGGAUUAACUAUGGCCGAAAGCUUAACGAUUUUAAGGGCAUCGUCCGGGACGUGCGGUUGGACAAGAAAGUGCUGAGUAACUGGAAUAUGACUCAGUUCCCGCUGGAGUUGUAUGACAACCUGGAACAGCUUAUAGCCGAAUCAAAUGAGGCUGCUCGCAUGGGUUUCCAAGAAAUCCGGAAGCUGCGCACGAUUCUUCGCACUGGGCCGGCUAUCUAUCACGGCCAGAUGGAGAUUCAGAAGGAGUCGGAUCUUGCGGACACCUAUCUGGACAUGUCAGGCUGGGGCAAGGGCAUUGUUUUUGUGAACGGAGAAAAUAUCGGGCGGUACUGGCCGCUGGUGGGGCCACAGGUUACCCUAUACGUGCCAGCACAAGUGCUUAAGGUGGGCUCUAAUCGUUUGGUCGUGGUGGAGUACCAGCAGACGCCCACCUCGCUGGAGCUGCACUUCCGGGACACCCCCAUUUUGAACGCGAGAACCGUUUAAGUCCAGGACAGAGGACUAACGACUGAGGGCUUUAGCCACGUGCAUCCAUCGCCAUACAUCAUGCAACAUCCGUUAAUGUAGAUCUAAAUGUAAAUUUAUGCGGUUUAAGUUCUUUGUGAGGCAUUAAAGCGACCCCGGGGCGGACGCGUACAGUCUGCCUCGUUAUCCUUUUGUAA